GCAUUCUGCGAGGAAGGAAAUAUUACAGAGAAUGGUAUUCUUUCGUUUGCAAAGUUUGUUAUUUUCCCAAUUUUGGAAUUGCAAGGUGGAAAAGGUAAGGAUUGCAGCAAAAGUUGUGAGUUACCUCGCGUAACAUGGCGGUAACAAGUUACACGUAUCUUUGUUUAGAUUUUGUCAUUCAUCGCAGGGAGGAAAACGGUGGAAAUAUUACAUUUAAAACUUACCAGGAUGUUGAAGAUACGUUUGCGAAGAAGGUAAAGCAACGAUUAAAUCUGGUUUAGUGCACCAGGUGCGAUAAAUCGCAUAGUACUUACUCCAAUACCACGCUCUGAUACAUCCUAGCCAUGAGGCCCUGGGACCGAGGAUGGGUCUGAUACUUCUUUGUUUUGUGGUCCCAGGCACACAAAAGUUCUCUACCUCUGGUUACUAAUUAAAAAUGAUUAAUAAGGGUAAAAUAUUUGAUUUUAGGAACUUCAUCCACAAGACUUGAAGAACGGCGUGACAACGGCGCUUAAUAAGGUAAUCUUGAACCGUCUGUGCCAGUGUAAGUAGUGGCAAUAAUAUGAACAAGCUUUCGUCGGUAGGAAUACAACUACCUGAAAAAGCGAAGGCCUUUCAACUGGAGUUACUAGCCUAAGGGCCUUCGCUCGAAACGUCGAAAUUCUCUUUCUAUUUUCAGGUAUAGUUGCAUUCCUACCUACGAAAGCUUAAUAAAGUACACUAUCCUAAAACAAGAUUGGAUUAAUCCCGCAUCAAGUUUCUUAGAACUCAUGAAAAGUAUAAUUUGGACACCGAUUGCAAUCAGUACACCCGUCUGGAAAGUAUGGCCUUGGCUAUAGUAAUAUAGAGCCUCGUUUUCGUGACUUGAGAUAUUGGGUUUUGAGUUAUUUGUCGUGUUAAUUACGAAAUCGUAUACAGUUAUAUUAGAUAGUUAGACUUUUUGCGUGAGCUCUAUUCAUCAUGAUUCGUCACUCAGCAAGUACCGUAAACAGAAGCAGUCCCCCCUGGAAAUACUAAAAAUGGCGCACGUCCAGGGGGUGACUGCUUCUGUUUACGGUACUUGCUGAGUGACGAAUCAUGACGAAUAGAGCUUACGCAAAAAGCAGUGGAGAUGGACUUCUGUGUAGUAUUCUGUGAUAAAGGCCUCUAAAGCUGAUAUCCCAAACCCGAAAAUGAGGCUCUGUAGCCAAGGCUGUAAAGUAUUUUCCGGAAGGGUGUAUUAGCACACUGGUUAUUAUGUGUGGAAACUACAUAUCUGGUCAUACCAUAACAUAAAUUUUGUUUAUUUUGAGGAAGUUGUUAGACCCAAUUAGGAAAAAGUUUGAAUCUCCUGAACUCCAGAAAUUGAAGCAACAAGCUUAUCCUGUUGAAAAAGUGAAAAGUAAGCAAUAACUCUACAUCAUUUUGUAUAUGACACUCAGUUUAUAAAUUCAUGCCCAGAUUAUGAUAAAAAUUCUUGUUUUCUGUAGAAGCCAAAGGUGGUGGUAGCUCCGCUUCAGACAGAGCAGUUGAUCCUUCAAGACUUGAUAUAAGAGUUGGAAAAAUAGUGUUUGCUGAAAAGGUAUAUUAGAGAACGUUUGUGGAGAUAAAUGUUUGAGUUCUGAUGACUCCUUUGCUUGCUCGAUGAUGACUCCGUGUUUUUUGUUGAUAUAGCAUCCUGAGGCGGACACUUUGUACUUAGAGAAAGUAGACGUUGGAGAACCUGGUAUGUGAACUUUAUUCUCGUUUACUUAUUAAUUACACUUAACUAAAUGCCAUUCCUUUUUGGUCUACACACAUAAAAACGUAUUGUAUUCAGUAAGUCCUUGUAUUGCCAAUUACCAUGUGCCAUAAGUAUUUUGGUCACAAGAAAUCCAGGAAAAAUCUUCUAUCAUUGUAGCACCACGUACUGUAGUCAGUGGGCUAUCCGGUCUUUAUCCUUUGGAGAAACUCCAAGAUCGUCAAGUUGUUGUACUAUGUAACCUUAAACCUGUAAAUAUGCGAGGUAAAUAUCGAUAUCCCUUUUGUGUUAAGCCCGUUUUCCACCGGGAAAAUUUGUUCGUGCGAAACGACUUUUUUCUUUGUCAGCAUCGCUUUUGCUGACGUGAUAAGCGAUGUCGAAAAACGAAAAAGUCGCUUCGCCCGAAUAAAUUUGCCUGGUGAGGGGCUUAGGUACAGUAAAAUCCCGCUGUCUUGAACAGCCAAGGGAAACAGCAAAAAGUUCGAGAUAGCGAGGUCCUACUGUAUUCGUCUUUUAUUAUUUCAAUGUUUGGGGCUUGGUAAUCAUUCUUGUUUUAUUAAUUGUCUAACAUUAGGUAUCAAAUCUGAAGCAAUGUUGUUGUGUGCAAGCGUGACUGGGUAGGUCCUUACGAAUUGAAACGACACAUUCUUUCAAUUGAUCUACUCACGCAAAAGAGUGGUAGGUCUACUUGUAAAUGUUCAGUAAAACUAUUUUAUUCGGUAUGAUGUAUAUUUUCAGGUCAGAUGAUAAACGUGAAAUCGUACCGUUGGAUCCCCCAGCAGACAGUAAACCUGGUGACCGAGUAACUGUGGAGGGGUAUGAACACGACAAACUUGGAGGUUUGUCACAUAAUAGUCUGUUUAAACUGCUGUCGAAAAUCUGUUCCCUAAAGGAAAUAUUUGCGGAAAAAUGGUCUUCAAAACGUAGUCUUAAAUUUUUUGGAGGGUGUUGAAGAAGGUUUAACCUCUUAACUGACGAAAAAUGUUUUCAAAUUUUUAGAACCUGACGCACAACUUAAUCCCAAAAGGAAAAUAUUUGAAUCUUUACAGGUACCUGUAAUAAAGAAGUUAAUGAUAUUUUAGUGGAUAAUCCGUUCUAAAAAUCGGUUGCCCUAGAGGUGCAGGAAGAAGCAUCUCUUAUUAAGGAGCUUACGCAAGUGACGUUUUUGGCAACAUGGAGAUUGCCGGGGGGGGGGGGGGGGGGGACUGGACUAAAAACUGUGUUUGUAUCAGUUUGUGGUAAUCUUUAACGCAUAUGACAAAACAUAAGAUUUUUAAAGUUUUUUGCUUUCUUACACAAGCGCUAUGAUGCAAAAUGCCAUGUCAGUGUUAUAUUACCGGAGGAAACCAGAGUUUAUUAAGUUGACCGAAUUUAGCGACACUCGCUAUAAUUAGAGGAAAGUAGUACACCACCAUAUCCAUGCCAGACUUUUGCCGACAGGAAAACAAGUUAAACAACAUCCUGCCAUCUGCUAGCUUAGAUGACAUUGCCAACCGUUUGUGGUUUGCCUAGCCUGUAAAAUUACAUAGUGCUUCUUAAACCCCCACUCCCCUAAGUCAAUGUUGAGCUCGUGUCAUGGCAAAUUCAAAAAAAUUGUUUCGGGGUUGUUUACAACAUUGAACUUGGGGAGAGGUGAUAACCAAGUUUAUUUUGUCAAUGCACAUUAAUUUUGCAAUAAUGCGAGAAUUAUUCAACAAACGAUUGUAGUACAGCUAGCGUAUGUAUUUGUUUCGUGAGCAUUCAGAUUGAGUUAGAUGCCCUUGAAACAAAGACGUGCGUUGUGUUUCGUUUCGAUUGGAGUGGAAAUCAGACUUUAUUAAUACUCUUAAAUAAUUAUAUUGUAUAUAUGUGUUGCUGUAAAUAGUGCAUGACUAAAUAUUGAAUUAAUAUACUGUAAUUUAAAGUUACAGGACCCCACUGAAAAACACUUCGGUGAUGUGGGUACCCUGGAUAAGUAUGAAGAUGAUAAUAAUAAUAGUAAUAAUAUGUUUCCACCCAAUAUCUGUGUCAGGACAUUGCAGAGGUUGAAAUAAGGUUUUCAUUUGGCGACCAAUAGUGGCCCUCGUGGCGACUGGGAAAAUUUUCUAGAGCCCUUAGAGAAUAUCUUAGUGAUCAAGCAUUUCAUUCUUCUUUUUAUGCUAUUUAUAUGCAAAGAGAAUACUUGAGACCUAGCCACUUGGGCGAUUAAGGAAUUUUAAAAUUUCAAUCCCUGGCCAGGACUAACGGACGUGGUGGAUUUGUAUUUUAAUAACCACUAAUCCAUUCAGAACAUUACUCACCAUUUAUCAUCUUGCUAUUUCAGCCUGAGCUUUUAACAUCAGAAGAUGGAAUCGCGGAGUAUAAAGGAAGUUCAAUGUCAACAAAACUUGGUAAAAUUACGUCAUCUUUAAGAAACGCUGCAAUCUCUUAAUAGUUACUGUAGGUAUUAAAAAUUCUUCAUUUUACUAACAACUAAUAACAAUAGACAACUAAAGAUUUAUGAAUAUUAUUUGAAACGACUUUGUACCAGCGAGCUAGUUGGAAACUGUGACUCUUCUGUACAUGGUCAUGUGGAAUUGAAAUUGAGUGAAUGCAUAUAAUAUACAGGGUGUAUCAAUAAAAACGCAACCUCGGAAUUUCCUAAGAAAUCACUUUGCAAUUCUUAAGCAUAAAAGAUUUUAGGCCCCUGGGAAUUGAAAUCGAAUUGCUAAUAGAUCAUAUUACUGUUGUUGUGCAUUAAAUAAAUGCAUAAAUUUUGCUUUAUGCACUCGCGUGUGCAGUAAUUUUGACAGUUAUGCUAUUUUAAAUUCCCAGGCGCCUUAAAUCUUUUGUCUUUAAAACAAUGUCGAUUUCUUGGGAAAUUCCGAGGUUGCGCUUUUUUUGAUACACCCUGUACACCCUGUAUAUGGUAGAAGCAAGAAAAAUUAACACUGAUGCCAAUGAUUAAAAGAAUAUUGAUUUCCAAUUUGGUUGAUUUCCAAAUUCUUGGUUAGAUUUUAACCAUGUUCGUGUCAAAGUUUGUAGGAACUGAUGUUUUCCGCAUAUCUUACUGUAAGGGGCUACAGUUUAAUUUAUUGCAAGAAUAUAUUGGCUAGGUAGUAGAUAGCAAAUUAUGUAUACUGGAAUCAAUGAAUUUGAUCUACCAAAUACUUAGAAUAUACAGCUGUUAAAAUGUUAAAAUGCCUCGACGUUCCGAACGAAGACCAAUGGCCUUCAGACACAAACCACGACAGCUUUUUUUUACUAGGUCAAAUUUUGUAUCUACAUAUUAUUUAGUAUCGAGCCAAUAUAUUUCUUUGUGAUGUCAACAAGGGAUGAAGGGCCUGCUUGUAGUCUUUCUUUAUUAGUUUGAAUAUAGAACACUUCAGUUCCCCUUAGUUCCGUCUUCUCAUCUGCCUUGAUAUUCGCAUGCAUGAUUGAAAUAUCAAACUACCUGAAAAAUAUAAAGCACUUUCAACGAUUCAAGCAAAAACUGUCGUCUCGCUGUUAUCUCCCAUACGAAGGGUCUUCAUUUGAAACGUCGAAAUUUUUAAGUAGUUUGAUCCAGGCGUGAGUUUGAUCGUUCAUUUUUCAAGGAGUUUGAUAGUUUAAGCAAUUCGUGAAUAUUGGACCACGUAUAUACACCGAACGUCAUGCAACAUUCAAAGUACUGUAUUAUAUCUUUCGAUAUUUCAUAUAAAAACAUCAGUAAAGGCAGCUAAAAGUAGUUAUAAAAAGCAACAAUAAAAAAUGUAGACUAUUGUCUAGAUCGUUUUCAAUUAAAAUAUCUCUCUGCCCGCACUGCAUACAAUGUUUUUUUAUAUUUUCUUGCGGGGAAAAUUUGCUUCAAAAUUUAAUACGAAAUCCCGCACUUCAGAAUUUGUUGGUUUGCCACAUCCGCUGACGUCGGGCGAAUAUAAACUUACGAUCCUAUCUUAUUACAAUGCUAAGUACUUCCUGCAGCAAAAUGAUUAAAGACUUUGAAUGACCGAUUUACAAACUGUAUAUUAUUAUUUACUGAAAAUCAUGCUCAGUGCAACACGUAGUCUACAAACAGAAGUGGGUGUAUAAACAGGUGGUAUGGCGUGUAAUUUGCGAAUAUUAAUACUUUACAAACGGAGACAUUGAGCCAUCAUUCAGUCCGAAGUUCCUGCCAUAGACUAUAGUCUCAUUAGUCUGCGAACCUCAUCAUAUCGAUCAUAAUUUCAUCGUAUCGAAAUGUUUGGGGGCAGACGUGCCACCUCGCGUUUGCUUGCUGUCUUUGUAUUUGUCUCAGUGAUAUUCAUAUAUUUCCUCAUCAACAAUUCAAACACAACUGUAAAGAACGCGGAUUUUAUAAACUCAAGAAAUGCAAAGAAAACUUAUCCGAAGAAGUCUCAAGUCGACUUAGUUGUAGUGGAAGAACACCACGAAGGUUUGUUGAAGUUAUGUAUCUUUUAGCAAAAUUAAAAUUGAAACGUGUUUUGUCUGAUGCCCCCGACAGAUUUCAAAAGGCAAAAUGCUUUUAAAGAGUAUUGUAUAUGUAUAUAUUAAAAUGCUGCGCAUGCUGUUACUGAAUACUGAGCAGCAGAAAUAGUGAUGAACCUUGAGGAAAUGUAACACUGGCAAAAUGCAACACUACAUUUAUUUGUCUCCGAAUAUAAAAAAUACUGCAUAUUAUGAAAUCAUGCAGAUAACCAUCCUGUCAUAUACUGACUGACCUUGCACACCUAUAAACCCAUCUAUACAUUCACAGCUCUGAUGCUUUCCAGCUUUUCAAUACUUUUUGACUAGCUGUUUCUACUAAAAAUUCGGAUAUUUUAGGAGAGACGUUACUCGUUAUGCUCUGCUAGCUUAUUUUUAGUUAAAAUUUAUCAAUAAUAAAUUAAUAGUAGCUAAUUACUGCGUGGGCAUGUACUGACGGAGUUAUGCUUUUAAUUCCUGAAAGAAUACGACUUUCACUGCGGUUAACCCAGCUGUUGACCCACAAACGUACUUGGCAAUAUUUAAUACUGCACGAACUAUGCAAUAUUUUCGUGAAUAAGGGCCCAAAGAUGGUCAUUCAUUAAAUGCAAAAUUGGCUCGCAUGAUUAAAUAUUGUGAUAACGCAUUUCCAAUCUAUGAUAAUAUUUUCAUUAGAUUUGGUUGUCAGCACACAUUUCAACUUAAUAGCCUGUCACGUGACGAAUAUUACAAGAUAGUUAACUGUUUCCCCUUAGCCUGCGCGCAGUCGCAGACUCCCAAAGGUAGCAGGCUAGUUUCCCCUGGGCUAUCAUGGUAAAGGCCGGAUAAAACGAGGAUGCGAGUGCAUGAGACCCGCAAUCUUUGUUAUCUGUUUUCUUUAUAUUCAUGAGUGAAUUUGUCCCAGCCAGGAAACCGUAGACACAAAUGUGUGUAUGAACGUUUAUUGAAAGUGACGUUUUGGCUUAACUCGAAACACCUUCAGACGUACACUAAAAUUUAAAUGUUUCCGCAACAAUGUUUCCUAGUUUGCCCAGGGCUUAACUCGAGUUAUCCUCGUUUUACCGUAGCAGAAUACACGAUGUACGAUCCAUUGUCUGUGAGCAACGAAGAAGAAAAUGCACAAAACAUUUUAUGCAUCAAUGACCACCGACAAUGGGCAUCGCCGAUGUUUACGAUGAAUGUGAACCAGGCUUAAUUAUAAUCAGACAAUGGCACUGGGCUAGCCUGCGUAGCACUCGCUUUAUUUUAUUGAAGGUUUUCAUGAUUUUUGAACAAAUGGUCCUCAAAACCUUCAAUAAAAUAGUUUAAGCGACUGCCACGCAGGCUAGCACUGGCCAAUCACCUAAUUCAGAGGCACAUUUUCUGAAGACCGCGCUUAGAAAAUGAAAGACAAAAUGAGGUAUAGGAGGGGAUGUGCAUGACUGAAGCGUUAGCCACAAUUGUUCUCAACUGGUGCUUGGUCAAAUAGCAAUUACCUUGCUGUCAAUCAUAUGUAAAUAUUUUCUUUUAAUUUAAUGUUUUAGUUUUGGAAUAUUGGUUUGAUGCUGCAAACAAAGGCAAAAUACCAAAAUCAGGAAAUGUGUUGGUACGUUGAAUCACCCCGUUUACACGGUACCGGCGAAUUUGGGACCGGUCUGAAAUUCGUCCCUUUUUCGCCUGUUUACACGCGAAUUCGUCCUGUUAGGGGCUCUCAAAUUCGUCCGGUUCCGUGGUUCUCGUGUGUUUACACGGCCGAAACGGCCGAAUUUCAGACCGGACCCAAAUUCGUCCGCAAGAUAUUGUACACAAGUCUGGUCACCACAAUCGGUAUCACUGAUACUUCAAAUUGAAAACGUUCAACGCCGCGCAACCAGAUAUAUUCUAUCAUUACCAUUCAUGUCGGGAAUACCAUGCAAAGAGAGACUCAUAAAAACUGGUCUGUUACCACUGUCGUAUACUGGUAUGAAUAUCUUGAUAUCAUUUAUCUGUACAAAAUGCUUGUUUCAUCCCACGAGCGGACCGUAGACAUCCCUUUUGAAUGUCUAUCGUCUGUCUCAUCCUAUUUGAGUUGUUGGUGACAUUCGUAUAUCCAAAUAAAGACAACUUGUCGCGUGACCAGGGAAAACAGUGGAACAGCUCAAAUACAUUACAUAUUCCCUGUGCAAAUACAUUAACAUUUCAAAACAGUUUUUAUUGCAGAUCUUCUAGGACAUUUAACUGUUUACCAUCAGUUUUACGUCAAUCAAAUCUCUCUAUUAAUCAAUUUAAAUUAAUCUCUUUAGUCAUGCACUAUCAGAAAAUGUCUGAAGAAAUCUAUGACAUUGGUGUUCCACAAACUUUCAAAACAAUCUGUAUUAAAUGCCAUUCAUGUCGUCCCUUGUCUAGUCUCUCUGUUAAAUCGUGUUGUUAAUAAUUAUCACUUAUAUGUAUUCUGUAUAAAUAGUUAAGGUUACCCGUAAAGGAGUGUUCUGCUCUGUGGGUAUAACCUGUCAUUUAUUUGACAAAGAUUGUAAAAUAAAAUAAAAUAAGAUAUCUCUCGCUCGACAGAACUGCAACGAUGCAACUGUAAGAUCCUCUGGCAGGAAUCGAUCUUGCGGUGCUGCGAUUCCGGAAUCGCUUGUCGAGCGUCGCAGGGCCGUAGGUUCCAUUCCUGUCAGAGGGUCUAUUUUCACCCAGAAAGCCUGCUCGCAGGCUAGCCUAUACUCUAUAGUCGCAACUGCUCCUGUUUAAGUCUGAACUUUGUACUGUUUAAUAAACGAGCAGGAGUGUUUUAUUAGGUUUAAAGACACGAGCGCGCAGCGCGAGUGGCUUUAGACCUAAUAAAACACGACCUGCGAGUUUUUUAAAUGGCUUCAAAAACGUUUGCAUAGUCACAUCUUUAUACAGGGUGUAUAAAAAAAGGAGACCUUUAGAAAUCAAGCAUAUUGUUAAAAUUUGAAUGCCUUUUCUAUUGCACAUAUGCUGAACCGUAGUGCGUGUAAUAUUGAUGGUGCAUAUAUUAGAAAAAAGAGACCUUUAGAAAUUGAAAUAAGGUUUAAACAAAAGAUUGUCUGCUCCUGGGAACAAUCUGCCAUGCAUACUGUACGUAAAUCGCAUGCUACGCACUCGUGGGCUUAGCAAAGUGCUCCAGGAUUCAAAUUAUAACAAUGGUUGAUUUCUAAAGGUCUCCUUUUCUAAUAUAAGCACUCCAUCAAUAUUUCACGCACCACGGUUCAGCGUAUGUGCAAUUGAAAAGGCAUUCAAAUUUUAACAAUAUGCUUGAUUUCUAAAGGUCUCCUUUUUUUUAUACACCCUGUAUAAAAAUCUUUAUAUAAAAAUCUUUAUAUAGUUUGCAUAACAACGGUCUUUGGUUAAAGUGUUUUUUAGCUGGUAUAAAGACGUAUGCACGUGACUAAUUUCUUACUCAAGAUUGGAUAAUUGCUUCAUGAAUUAUUAAUGAGUGUUUGAAAUAUAUCUAAUCUCUCGCUCGAAAUUUCUAUGUAUAAAAGCAUAAAAAGCCUUCAACUGUAAAUGAGUAUCAAUUCGCGAAUUAUGAUAAUUAGAAUGCUGUUAUAUUUUGUCAGUUUAAUAUUAACUUGUAUUUUAUUCCAGCUGCACAUAGAUGCGCACAGUGACAUGGCGCCUCCUGAGAUGGUAGACGACUAUCCUGUAUUUCGAUGGCCAAAAAAUAAUCGUGAAGUAAAAGCUAUGAUGCAAAGCAACGACGUUUUUAUUCAGGUCAAUAUAAUUACUGAUAUAAUUAUUGAUAUAAUUGUCCAAAUUAAAGUUGUUAAAUUAAAGGUGAUGUAAAGUCCGUAAUGUAAACAAACGCUUUGUUUACAUUUGGACUCACUGCUACAGUUGUAAAAUAUGAUUAGAUAUAUAUUAUACUGAAUUUUUAACACUUUUCUGGUUCGUUAUGCUUGUAAAUGAAUACAGACUAGAGAUUCAAUUCAAGAAAGUUCGGAAAGAGCGAAAUAUUAACAACAUUCCAAAGGUUGCUCCCCCACUGAUGGAAUGUUUUGAUGCGCAGAAUAUAUGCGCAGAACGGACUUUACCGCAUCUUUAAAAAAAUUAAUAAUAAUAAUUUAUUGCAAUAAAGAUAAUUAUACUGAUCAAACUUUUUGCACUCUUUGCCAGGGAUCGAUUUACUGCUAUUUUUUAUGAUAUGAAGCAAAAAAUAUUAGAGACAAAAUGAGAUACAGUAAUUUGAGCAAUAACGUGAUGAUAAGCGAUCUGUGAACAACAAUUACAAUUCAACUACAGUAUGUUGAUGGGCGGGCGGCACACAUGACCGACACAACUCUGCACCAGAGCACCCCCCCCCCCCAGCUUGACUUUGUAGCUCGUGUAAACGGGGCCUACAAUGAAUGACGAACCUAUACCCUCCAUGUAAUGUUUUACUUAUUUUCAGGCAGCGGUUAUGUCGGGGUUGUUCAAGAAAGUCAUAUGGGUCUGGCCUUCUUGGGACGAAGACACGCACGAAGGGGACGAUAUUAGCGUAAAAUAUGGAGGAGGCGUAACUACUUUUGACAUACCUGACAAUGAGCAACAUUUUUGUGAAUGCCAGUACAGCAAAGACGGCAAAACCAGACAAGAAUGUCAGUUCGUUAACCGAACCAUGUUUUCUGAGGAUGAGGACUAUGACGGAAGCGACAUUGAGCCGAAGGAUUGUGAUAUUAAAGGGAAUAUGGUAUAUCAACAGAUUGUAGACUACAAUGCUUUGAACAAACUAAAACUCGGCCAGCUUGUUGGAGAGGGAGAAUCCUUACUACUCGAUAUCGACGAAGAUUUUUUUGGUUGUGUUUUAAGAGGACAUCGCUUGGUGGAUGCUGGCAUUCCUUGGGAUGAAGUGGAAGAAAUAGAUGAUUUAAUGAACGAGGUUUUCUGUCCUGAACUUACAGCGCAUGAAGGAAUUGCUAAUCGUUUUAUGCAAGUGAUAUUAGCGUUGAUAACCAAACAUUGUAAAUCAAGCGAAGAGGCUUCUGUGUCAUGUGUUACUCCACGAAACCCUAAAAGUAAGGCGUUAUCCAUUGAUAUAACCCGCGUGGUCAAAAGCUACUUGGAGAAAGGGAUUUUUUGUGCGAUGAGCAGAAGCAUUCGACAGCAGCGACUGGAAAAGCUCAUUGAGUAUUUCAUAGAUUUAACGGUCCCCCAAAUACGCGCAUGCGCAGACCUAGGGUUUUGUAUGCAAACGUCACCGCGUUCGUACCAAGCGAAUGGUUUUCAAUUAUGUCAUGGAGCUAAUGAGCCCAACACAACAAUUGUUACCCAGCAUUCACCAGGAGAAAAUGAAUUACUCCUGCGUCUCAAACGAGUACGGCGUAUGUUGCGAACACAGAGUUACCCGACCCCCGGUAUGGUGACUUUAUGCCGGUCGGUACGGGAUGGGUACACCUCGGUAAAGUAUUUUGAGGACAUUGAAGAGAGUGUUAUAGAAUCAGUCCUGGACAGCAGAAAAGACGUGAAUUUUAAUGUUAUUUAUGAUAUUAAUUUAUUGGGUGGGGAAAAGGGUUGGCCUUCUAGGCGAAUGAGAAAGACCACUAAGAAUGUCAAGCAAUGA